AUGGACCAGACUCUUCGGGAGCUCAGUGCGGCCUAUCCUGAUGCUCUUGCUAUAGAAAAUGUACUCAGAUGUGAACACGACAACAUUGGAUACCUAUUGAGUAUCGCUCGCUCGGUCAUCAAUAAUUGUAGAGAUAAUCAGCCUUUCACACGAGCGGUCAUACAGUCUAUGUGCCGGCUAACGUCUGACCUGCCUAACUCGGCUUUGGAGGAUUUCUCUGCUGGGUUGGGAGAGGAGAUCAUGCAACUACGGGUCAACCUCUCUGAGGUUCAUCAAGCAGAAGGAGACUUCCUUGCCGCUGCCAGAGAUCUUGAUCGAAUAGAUGUUGAUGGCCGUGGUAGUGGUGGUGGUGGAGAUAUGGGCGACUGCUAUGUAGAGUUUGUCAGAAGCCUCCGCAGUAGUCUAUCGCGAUGUGAACACUUCACCAAGAUAGCUGAACUCUACUUGGAGGGAGGCGACGAUCUAUCCGCUGAAACCCACAUAUCGAGAGCUGUCAUGCUAGUUCCAGAUCUGGGUUCCGACAAUGUGGCGUUACAGUUGAGGUUUAAGGUAUGCCAGGCUAGGAUAUUCGAUGCGAGACGGAAGUUCCUCGAUGCUGCCUAUAAGUAUUUGGAGGUAGCUCUAGGUCCAUUCAGCUCCUCUAUCGACUCGGAUGAUGUAUCACAGCUACUACUUGGAGCUGCUCGUUGUAUCGUCUUGGCCCCUGCUGGUCCUAAGAAGAGGCGAAUACUACAGAUGAUGACUAGCGAUCCUAGGUGCGAACAGGCAGUACCGUCUUGUUGUGAGUGGGAUGUCCUCACAAAGGUGAAGAACUAUAGGGUUAUAGAUCCCAAGGAGUUGAAGGAGUUCGAGAAAGGCCUGAGUGAACAUCAUCUAGCACUAGGUCCGGACGGUAUGACCGUCCUCUCUCGUGCUAUAACUGAGCAUAACAUAGUAGCCAUAUCCCACCAGUACAAGAACAUAUCUCUAGCACGACUUGGUGAUAUCCUAGAUAGAACACCAGCUCAAGUGGAGGUGUUAGCAUCCAAUAUGAUCGCCGAGGGACGAUUGAAGGCCAGGAUAGACCAACUAUCCCAGUACAUGCUGUUCGAUCACUUUGAUUCGGAUACAAUGUUGGCUGUAUCAGGAUGGGGGAAGAAUUUACGAGGUCUAUGCACUAGUAUCGAUAGCACAAGCAAUGCCAUUGUUGAUAUCACUAUUGCGGCAAGACGGAGUUUUUGAUGACGAUUCUACUCUCCUCCAGGAC